UUUUCAGUGUUCCAGCGGUUGAGAGGAGUCGAAGUCGUCGAUGUAAAUUGUCGCUUUUAAGGACACAAUCUACUCAUUAAGUUGCUCAGAAAAUGCAGACCAUCAAAUGUGUGGUGGUGGGCGACGGCGCCGUGGGGAAGACGUGCCUCCUCAUCUCCUACACCACCAACAAGUUCCCGUCGGAAUACGUCCCCACGGUGUUCGACAACUACGCCGUGACGGUGAUGAUCGGCGGCGAGCCGUACACUUUGGGACUCUUCGACACUGCGGGCCAGGAGGACUACGACAGGCUGCGACCGCUCAGCUACCCUCAGACCGACGUCUUCCUCGUCUGCUUCUCCGUGGUGUCGCCUUCUUCCUUUGAGAACGUCCGCGAGAAGUGGGUGCCGGAGAUCUCCCACCACUGCCCGCGGACGCCGUUCCUGCUGGUGGGGACUCAAGUGGACCUGAGGGACGACGGCACCACCCUGGAGAAGCUGGCCAAGAACAAGCAGCGAGCGCUGACCGUCGAGAUGGGCGACAAACUGUCGCGGGAGCUCAAGUCCGUCAAAUACGUCGAGUGUUCGGCGCUCACGCAGAGAGGCCUGAAGAACGUGUUCGACGAGGCCAUCCUGGCGGCCCUGGAGCCUCCCGAGGUGAAACCCAAGCGGCGCUGCGUCCUGCUCUAAGACGCCGCUCGGCCCGGACGGAGGCGGCCAGGUGAACGUGGGUGGGGGCGGCGGGUUCUCGGGGGGACGGGGGGGGGUUCUUUGAAUGGACGCGACACACGAGGAGGCGGCUUUGUUGUUGCCAACUGGGAAAACAUUUGAAGGAAACCUUGGCGGUCAUGGAGACCUGCCUCAAAAAACUAAAACCACACUUAACACUUUGCAAAGUCACUCAUCUUGCCGUCUUUUGGCUUUUGUUCACCUUUUCAACUCCAGAAUCUUCCGUGGUUCCAACGUGAUAGUGAUGUGAACGCAAACAAAAUUUGGAUCAAAGCUUUUAAGAGAAAACUUUCAGUGCACUUUACUGAAUUGCAAUGAGGCACGUUUGCAAUAACCUAUCAUUGUUAUGUUUUAAAUCUGUGUUUCCCAACCUUUAUUGAGCCAAGGCACAUUAAAAAACAAAACAAAAAAAUCACGGCACACCACCAAGCACUGUUUUGCCUGUCACUAUAUGUCACUGGCUUACGUAAAUGAGCAAACGUACAUUAUUUGAAACAAAUAAAAAAUUGGGAGCAAUUAAGCGAAAAUCUGGUUAGUUGUUCACAGCGCAGUAGUUGGGGAUCACGUCUCACAAUCAGCAUGCUAUCCACAAAAAGAUGAAUUUUCUUUUGCCGUGUCUACAUGAACAUUGUGUGUGUGGACGACUUUUGGGGGCGCAAAAAACAAAGUGCAAUUUAUCGGGGGUUCACUGUAUUCAUCCCUAGUGCAAUCUUUUGUGCAAUACCAUUUAAAUACCUAGUGAGGAGGAGCUAACCUUGAGCCAGUAGACCUUUUGAAUCAUGGGUGCUGUAGAAAAUAAAUUGUAUUAACGUACAAUACAUACAGAUAUGUAUUUUUUUUUGUCAUACAAUGACAGAAAUUUGAUCAGUUUCUCAGAUUGGAAUCCUUUUUUUUUUUUUUUUUUUGAAAUUGUAAAGCCGGUUAGAAGUGUUCUUGUAAUUCAUAAUAUAUCUCUUGUGUUGAUUAUUCUCUUUUGACUUUGUGACCGUUAUGUGCCAACUUGGACGCAAACAAGCUUCUUCAACAGUGUUUCAGCUCCUGGAAAAUAAAUUAGAAAAAAAACA